AUGACCAACACAAAGGGAAAGAGGAGAGGUACCCACUAUAUGUUCUCUAGGCCUUGUAGAAAACAUGGUGUUGUUCCUUUGGCCACAUACAUGGGGAUCUACAAGAAAGGUGAUACUGGGGACAUCAAGGGAAUGGGCACUGUUCAAAAAGGAAUGCCCCACAAAUGUCACCAUGGCAACACUGGAAGAGUCUACAGUGUUACUCAGCAUGCUGUUGGCAUGGUUGUAAACAAACAAGUUAAGGGCAAGAGAAUUAAUGUACGCAUUGAGCAUAUGAAACACUCAAGGAGCCGAGAUAGCUUCCUGAAGCGGGUGAAGGAAACUGAUCAGAAAAAGAAGGAAGCCAAAGAGAAAGGUACUUGGGGUCAACGGAAGUGCCAGCCUGCCCCGCCCAGAGAAGCACACUUGGUGAGAACUGAUGAAAAGGAACCCAAACUGCUGGAACCCAAUCCCUAG